AUGGAAAAUUCCUCCGCGGGACGUCCACCUCGGACCGUUACACACUACGAGGUCCUCGACCUGCAACAAGCCCUUCUCAGCGCCGCUGAACCUCACGAUGCCGCCACACUGACCAAGCGCGCCUACCGCCGGGCGCUUUUGCGCAACCACCCAGACAAAUCUGCCGCCGCCUCUUUGUCGUCUAGUCACAAACCACCCGUUUCUACAUUGUUUACGGUCGACCAAAUCAGCGACGCCUACGCUGUGCUGUCGUCGCCGCAGAAGCGCCAAGAGUACGAAGCCGGCCUGCGCAUGGCGCGGAUAGCGAGCGGCGCCGAGGACGAGGACGCCAAGUUCCAGACGGGCAUUGAAAAUGUUGAUCUCGACGACUUGGACUUUGACGAGACGGGAGAGCGCUGGUACAGGUCCUGUCGGUGUGGCAACAACCGAGGGUACUCGUUUGAGGAGGAGGAUCUCGUCGAGGCGAGCGACGACGGCGUCUUGAUGGUGGGGUGCCAGGACUGCAGCCUGUGGCUCAAGGUGCAUUUUGCGGUGGUGGAGGAUUAA